AUGAAGUUCGGUGAGCACCUAAGCAAGUCUCUUAUUAGGCAGUACAGCUAUUACUACAUUAGUUAUGAUGAUUUGAAGACUGAGUUAGAAGAUAACCUAUCUAAGAAUAACGGUCAGUGGACGCAAGAAUUGGAAACAGAUUUUUUAGAGUCUUUGGAGAUCGAGUUGGACAAAGUUUACACAUUUUGCAAAGUUAAGCAUAGUGAAGUUUUUAGACGUGUGAAAGAAGUUCAAGAGCAAGUGCAACAUACUGUUCGUUUGUUAGACUCCAAUAAUCCUCCUACUCAGCUAGAUUUUGAAAUCCUUGAAGAAGAACUAAGUGAUAUUAUUGCCGACGUUCAUGAUCUGGCCAAGUUUUCAAGACUGAACUACACGGGUUUCCAAAAGAUCAUCAAGAAGCACGAUAAGAAGACAGGUUUUAUCUUGAAACCAGUUUUCCAAGUUAGAUUAGACUCUAAGCCAUUUUUUAAAGAAAACUAUGACGAGCUAGUCGUUAAAAUUUCCCAACUGUACGAUAUUGCCAGAACUUCAGGUCGCCCAAUCAAGGGAGAUUCAUCCGCUGGUGGGAAGCAACAAAAUUUUGUCAGGCAAACAACAAAGUAUUGGGUUCACCCUGAUAAUAUUACGGAAUUGAAAUUGAUCAUCUUAAAGCAUUUACCAGUGUUAGUUUUCAACACAAACAAGGAGUUCGAAAGAGAAGAUUCCGCCAUUACUUCGAUCUAUUUUGAUAAUGAAAAUUUGGACCUUUAUUAUGGUAGAUUAAGAAAAGAUGAAGGUGCAGAAGCUCAUAGAUUAAGAUGGUAUGGAGGUAUGUCUACGGACACAAUCUUUGUAGAAAGAAAGACCCAUAGGGAAGACUGGACUGGUGAGAAAUCCGUCAAGGCAAGAUUUGCACUAAAGGAACGUCAUGUUAAUGACUUUUUGAAGGGUAAAUAUACUGUUGAUCAAGUUUUUGCUAAGAUGCGUAAAGAGGGGAAGAAGCCAAUGAACGAAAUUGAAAAUCUAGAAGCUUUAGCAUCCGAAAUUCAAUACGUCAUGUUGAAGAAAAAAUUGAGACCUGUAGUGAGGUCAUUUUACAAUAGAACUGCCUUCCAAUUACCUGGUGAUGCAAGAGUUCGUAUUUCCCUUGACACAGAGUUAACUAUGGUGAGAGAAGACAACUUUGAUGGUGUCGAUAGAACUCAUAAAAAUUGGAGAAGAACUGAUAUUGGUGUCGAUUGGCCAUUUAAACAGCUAGAUGAUAAAGAUAUUUGCCGUUUCCCAUAUGCAGUCUUGGAGGUUAAAUUACAAACUCAAUUAGGUCAAGAACCUCCAGAGUGGGUGCGUGAAUUGGUUGGGUCUCACUUAGUUGAACCAGUCCCAAAAUUCUCCAAGUUCAUUCAUGGUGUAGCUACUUUACUAAAUGAUAAAGUGGAUUCAAUUCCAUUUUGGUUACCACAAAUGGAUGUGGAUAUCAGGAAACCCCCACUACCUACAAACAUUGAAAUAACAAGACCUGGCAGAUCCGAUAACGAAGAUAACGACUUCGAUGAGGAUGAUGAGGAUGACGCCGCUUUAGUUGCCGCGAUGACAAAUGCGCCCGGUAAUUCUCUUGAUAUGGAAGAAUCUGUUGGGUACGGAGCUACUUCGGCCCCCAACUCCAACGCUAAUCAUGUUGUUGAGAGUGCCAAUGCUGCUUACUAUCAAAGAAAGAUUAGAAACGCCGAAAACUCUGUCUCCAAAAAAUACUAUGAAAUCGUAGCAUUUUUUGACCACUACUUCAAUGGUGAUCAAAUAUCUAAAAUUCCAAAAGGUACCACCUUUGAUACUCAAAUUCGUGCUCCACCAGGAAAGACGAUAUGUGUCCCAGUUCGUGUGGAACCAAAAGUUUACUUCGCCACUGAAAGAACAUAUCUGUCUUGGUUAUCCAUCUCGAUAUUAUUGGGCGGUGUCUCUACUACUUUAUUAACCUAUGGUUCACCAACAGCCAUGAUUGGCUCCAUUGGGUUCUUCAUUACUUCCUUGGCUGUGUUGAUACGUACUGUUAUGGUUUACGCCAAGAGAGUGGUAAACAUUAGACUAAAGAGGGCAGUAAACUAUGAGGAUAAAAUUGGUCCUGGCAUGGUUUCUGUGUUCCUAAUUCUCUCCAUUUUAUUUUCUUUUUUCUGCAACUUAGUUGCAAAAUGA